AUGUCUGACGUUGAAACUCCAGUUGAAGUCCAAGAAGAUUUUGAAGUUGUUGAAGAAUUCACUCCAGUUGUCCUAGCUACUGCUAUCCCAGAAGAUGUCCAACAAGGUCAAGCUGAGAUCAAGCUAUUCAACAAGUGGUCUUUCGAAGAAGUCGAAGUUAAGGACCCAUCCCUAGUUGACUACAUCCAAAUCAGACAAGCCAUCUUCGUUGGUCACACUGCUGGUCGUUACGCCAACAAGAGAUUCAGAAAGGCUCAAUGUCCAAUCAUUGAAAGAUUGACUAACUCCCUAAUGAUGAACGGUAGAAACAACGGUAAGAAGUUAAAGGCUGUCAGAAUCAUCAAGCACACUCUAGAAAUCAUUAACAUCUUGACUGACUCUAACCCUCUACAAAUUGUUGUCGAUGCUAUUAUCAACUCUGGUCCAAGAGAAGACACUACCAGAGUCGGUGGUGGUGGUGCUGCCAGAAGACAAGCCGUCGAUGUUUCUCCACUAAGAAGAGUCAACCAAGCUAUUGCUCUAUUGACCAUCGGUGCCAGAGAAGCUUCUUUCAGAAACAUCAAGACCAUCGCUGAAACUCUAGCUGAAGAAUUGAUCAACGCUGCCAAGGGUUCUUCCACCUCUUACGCUAUCAAGAAGAAGGAUGAACUAGAACGUGUUGCUAAGUCUAACCGUUAA